AUGAAAUUGAUUAUACGUACGCAUACGCCAUGCGAGAAGGGUCAUUUCACGUUUGCAUCUAAGCAAGUGCUAUCUAUUUGGUCUAGUAACUGCAACAGCGUGAAACUUGCAACAAGCAUAUAUAUUGACCCGCAACUACGGGUUACUGUACACUGUAUGACACCUGUAAUUGUGAAAACAAUUGGCGCUGGUCAAAUACCAGCAAUGGUACCAGAAGUGGAAAUUGUAGAGAUAGAAGAGAGGAGUAAAGUUGACAAAGUUCGAAGUAGUCAAAGAUAA